AUGUCUUCGUUUCGCCGUCGCACGACGGCGAGCAAGGCAGUGCAGACGGAGACCUCGUUUCCGUGGGACUGUGCUGACACUGACCGACACCUCGAGGAGCUGGCCAGCGAACAAUAUCAGGACCUUUGCAGGUUGCGAGAUAUGAUUCGGGCGGCGAUGAAGGAGGUUGCCUGCUCCGUGUACGACGUCGUUGCCUUCAAGGACAUUAUCUUUAAGAUUGAGGACGAGAUGCCCUCCAAGCUGCCCGUGACAGAUGCGUUGUUACUGUCGUCCAAGUUGUUUCGUCGAACGUCGGCGUUGGGGCGCCUUCUUGGGUGCCUCUUUGCGGUGGUCUUUGCCGAGGAGCACGCGGACGAAAAUUUUCACUUCACAGAGAUCCGAGUGCUGCGUCGCGAGCUGAUGGAAGUCAAGACGCAGUUUGCCGAGGCGGAAAAAGAGCGGGUCCGGUUGCAACGCAUGUUGGAUGACGUCGGUAAAGCCGCCAUGAGUCACAGCCGGGCUGUGAACCUGCUGGAAACUCAAAACGCGGCGCUACAGCUACAAGCAACAGGUUUGGAGGACCAAAUGGGGUUGCUUUUUGCGCAGGUUAAUAAAGACUUGCAUCGCCAGUGCAAAGACGCCUACGAAAAGGUUACGAAUGAAAUUGAUUUGCAAGAUCGUAUGACUCUCACCAGAGCGACCUUUCGGCAGACGAUGGAUUCCCUUAGUGAUCAGCUACGGCACUCCCGCACACUUAUUAACGAUGUGAGGGAGCUUGUCGUGAGCUGCGCGCAUACUGGCGCUGCCGCAGGUGCGGGUGGGGCGAGGGGCGUGGAUGUGCAGAUAUCCAAGGAGCCAAGUAUUCGCUUCAAACUGAAGCAGGUGGAAAAUAACUUUCAACAGCUAGUGGGUCGUUUUUCCUCCGUGAAGGGUGUGGUGGCGGAGGCAGCUCAAGAGCUUAUGAAUGCGUUACACGAGCGGAAGAAUAUUCUCUACCUCUCUUUGCAACAUAUUCGACUAUACGACAUACAAAACAUGAAGAUGCGUCGGAGUAAAGCCAUUAUUGUGGCAAUUAAGCAGAGCAUGGAGGAACUUCUUAAGCGAAUUUCCGUAACGUUUCCUGCAGGGGCUGUUACCUUUGUUGACCGUAUUGGUCGUAUUUCAACGCAGCAAUUUCAGGUGGGGCAGACCUUGGCGACACUCCGUCAACAACGAGCGUUGGACCAAGUGGGUGAGGAAUCAGUGCCAAAUAGUGCGCAUUCCACGGCGUUUGCUUCACCAACAGGCUUUCCUGUUGGGAUGCAUGCGGUAAGCGAGGAUCAAACAAGUGUUUCCACGUCACCUACUGCUCCCUAUUCUUACGAUACAACUGAUACCAGUAAAUUACCCUUUCCGACGGUGUAUAGUGUCGUCGAUCUCAUCAAGCAGGCAGAGCGGUCCAUGGAAAGUCUGAACCGUGUCCUCAACUUUGAGAAUGAAAUUAACGCCUUUCUUAAGACGCUCACCUUGUCGCUCUCCACGACACCGCGGAGUGUGGAUGAGACCCUGCGCGACUUGCAAACGGAGGAUGAUAUGGUGGAUAGGGCGCUGCUUCCUACUGGCAGUCUCCCCCCACAACGUGAGGCCGCGGUCGACACAACAGCGCGGGGGGUGGAGCGCGAACCCGAGUCUGGGAUGAGCCACCCGUCAUUAUUUUCAGCAUCCGCUAUUGGCGAUAUGAGGACCCCGGCUGACACUAAGCAGCAGCGAGCACAGAAGGAUGAACAGGCGCCGCAGAUCAAGAAGUUGCAGGAACAGUUGGACAGUCUGCAGCCGGAGUUUGCGGCUAAAAUAAGUUUCCUGCGACAGGUGUAUGAGGCUCGCAUAUGUGACUUGGAGGUUAAGGAGGCUAAUUACCAGCGCAGGAUUAACGCCGUUAUGACGUCGAAAGAAGGCAAAGAACAGAAGGAAAUCAAAAACCUUAACAUUCGUCAGGAUCGUACUUCACCGGUUCAGCGUGCACCAGAAACCACCAUCGACAGCCGCCACAAAAAGGAAGACAAGGAGCAGCUUUUACAACAACGUUCGGAGUGGCAGCAGACGAAACCGGUGUUACAGGCAAACAAGAAGUCGCGGGAUGCCACAUUAAACGAACUCACUAAAAUGUUAAAGGGGGGUCGUUGA